GAGGAAUUGUUGACAUUAUGUUGGGACAUUAAAAUAAGUCUUCGGCUCUAAAGGCCGACGACUGUUUUGGUUGCCACACUGCAGUUAGUCGAUGUAAUCCAGAGUAAAAAGUAUAUUUUACUGUAGGACUGUCCAAUAAUCGCGUCUGUUUUAAUAUAAAAGUAAAUGGUCAGAUGUCCAUUUUUUAUUUUGAAUUAGUAAGACUACAGCGUAUCACACGACAACUUAACUUUAAUCACACUAAAUUUCAGGUUUUUACAUUUAUUUUGUUUUCGUUUAAACUGUAGUUCCACCAAUGUCCGAUAGAUGACAGCACUUAAGCCGGCUGCGCUGCCACUGUGAAACAGUUCCGGGUUGAAAGCCAAGCUGUGUAAACAACAACAUGAAGAGUAACGGUUGAAUACAGUCUUCUCCUGUCAGUUGGAUUCAUCCUUUUUUAAAUAAUUUCUCCGCUAAUGUCACUCUUUCGGACUGCGGCUCUCGGCGGCAGAGCUUUGGCCGCCGUGAGACGCCAGACUGCUGGCUACACCUGUUCCCGAAACAUCGCUGCCUACAUCCAAGGCCAGAGCCCUGAGCCCCGCAUCAGAGAGUACUUCUACUACAUCGACCACCAAGGACAGCUUUUCCUUGAUGACACUAAGGUGAAGAACUUUGUCACCUGCUUCAAAGAUAAACAGUUCCUGGUCUUCUUCUUCACUCGCCUUCGGUCCAACCAGAGUGGUAGAUAUGGAGAAGACUUUCCUUUCAUUUCCCUGUGUGGGAGAGAGAGGAAUUUCCUGCGCUGUGACGACCGGCCUAUAGUCUUCACCCAGCUGCUGCAGGGCGAGCAGCAGCUGCUGUCCUACUGCGGAGGGGCAGAGAAGCUGGUCGUCCCCUUCCGACCUGAAGCUCUCUUCAUGCAUCCCAUAAGUGGCCGGCUGUAUCAUCCCUGCUCCGAGCGCUCAGGUGACGUCGGACUGGUCCGCUCAGCUCUGGCCAUUGAACUGAGUCCAUUUUUUGUUUAUGCACAAGAUCAGAGCCAAUCAGGACAACCCACACAUUUCCUAUGGGGAGGACAGAAGCACAUACUGACCAAUGAGCUUGCAGGACACUUUCCUCCAGAACAAGAGGGUGUAGGAGAGCAUGGAGAACUGGGAUGAAGACGAGAUCCAGGAGAGCCAGCUCCUCAGGGCAGGACUCAGCUGUUCAUCUACAUCUUGAAGACAAAGGACACGUGGAUGAGAAUGUACAUAUCGUCGCCAGAGAACACAGAUGGUCUGAGAGAGGGGUGAAGGAAGCCAUCUACAAUAUCUGAAAUAUAUCUACAAUAUUUCAUUCACCUAUAAUGUACUAAGUUCUCACCCCAAAAAUUUAAAUCCCCUUCCUGAAAACAUGACCACAGUUUCAUUUCAAAGGACACCCAGCCAAAAGUGUCGGUCAGAUAAAACUAUUAGUCCAUAGCUAUGGUAUCACUCCAAUCUCUAACCUUGUGACAUUCCACCAUCCUUAGGAUAGGGU